AUGAUCGAGAAUCGUCGAUCGGCGUUGCUGCCUGAAGAAAUGAGGCUCGGCAAACGGACCGGCGUCAGCUCGCGGCGGAGAACGAGCCGGCGACUUGUCCCGGAGGGCUAUGGACACCGCCAGUGCAUCAAUGUUAUCUUUCAUCGAAGCUGCCAACGCCGCAAUCGCGUCCUUCAGCUCCUGGUGUUGCGUGUUGAUCUAAACACGUACCUCCGCCAUCUGCGUUUCGAGAUCCACAAUACGAGAAGUGUGCGUCGCCAUGGCCAGAGAGAAGGCUCUGAUACCACUUUGUAA